GGGCGAGUGCUGCCCCAGCUGUUUCCUGUUGAAAAUGUCUCCGUAAUGUAGAUAAAUGUGAGGGAUUUUCUCCACUAAAUCCGUCUCCUGUCCGCUAAAUCUCACGUCUCCGAACCGAGCCUGCGCAAUGGAACAAAGUCGGAAUAUCGAGACGUGACAUCGGCACCGCGUUUCUUCCUCGCCGCUUCUUUUCUCGCAGCUGUUUUAUUAUUCUUAUUAUUUUAUUAUUAAUAUUAGUUUUAUUUUAAUGACUUUGGAACAAGUGGUUUCACUGGACACACGCUGGGAUGUCUAGAGGUCACUUGGGUGAUGUCCUAAAGUGGACCAUGCGCUGUGUGUCUCGCGGCCGCGCGCUCGCCCGGCUGCUGCUGCUGUGCGCGCUCGCGCUGACGCCGGUGGCGGCGAGGGCGGGGCCUGAGACUCUGUGCGGGGCGGAGCUGGUGGACACGCUGCAGUUUGUGUGCGGGGACCGGGGCUUUUAUUUCAGAAAGCCAACAGGCUACGGCCCAAACUCCCGGCGCUUGCACAACCGUGGCAUCGUUGACGAAUGCUGCUUCCAGAGCUGUGAGCUGAAACGACUCGAGAUGUACUGUGCGCCAGUCAAAUCUGGUAAAGCGCCACGAUCGGUUCGAGAACAAAGGCACACAGACACGCCCAAAACACCAAAGAAACCUAUAUCUGGUCACAGCCAUACAUCCUGUAAGAGAGCGAAAAAAGAAAGGAUGGUGAGGGAACGUCGGUUUAUAGCUGCUAAAACGAGGUCCAUCAGAAGAACUCGAGCCGAGGGAACAACGCGGGGAGGAACUAUCGAAUGUAGUUAAGAGAAGGAUGAGUGAAAAUAAUGGACAGUGCCAAGAAGAGAAGCAAGAACAUGUAGAACCUUAUCUGGUCUUCAAGAGGAGUGGGUCACUCUCACGGCAAAUGGACCAGCUCUAUGUACAUACACCCCUUACGACUGACUAUUUUAGACACUGCACCAUUCCACACCGGGGAGGGACAACAUCUGUCCAAACAGCAAAAUUAAUAUAGCUGCUAAAAAAGUGUAAUAUAAUAGCGGCUGCUACAUAUUAUGGCAGUGGGAAACCUCCUGUAUUAUUCGAGAGCCACUGGAAACUUUAAUUGACUUUAAGGAACUGUUUCAAGGCACCACUUCCUGAUGAGUGGGAUAGAGCCAGUGGGUCACUGGAGGAGAGGUGAAGGUUUUUCUGUGUCAUGGGUGAAGUGGACGUUGUGAUGGUCCCUCCCACACACACACACACACACACACACACACACACACACACACUCAGACAUGCCUUCGCAAUUAAUUCCAGAUUGCUGCAAUCCAGUGCAAAAUGCAAGUUGGCAGAAUUUCAGCACCAUUUCUGAUUAAGUUUCAGUCGAAGACAGUACACAAGCUCUAGCACUGAUGAGGAAUAUCUUAGUUUUUGUUUUGUUUUGUUUUUGACAAGAAAAAAAGAGCUUAAUCAGAAUAAUUCAACAGAAGUUCAGACAGAAUUUUGUUAAAGCAGAUGGUACACUUUCAGGACACGAACAUGGCUAAGAAGAACAAGAGGAUGUGUUUUUGAUUUUACGUCAAAAGAUGAAUAGAAACCUUAUGCAAAGGUUAUAGAAGAUGAUGGAGCGUCAACUCAGAGAUCAACUCGGUCGACUUCAGGAAGCAUCGUCGCUUCAGUUGUAGUAGUAAUAAUAAUAAUUAUAAUAAUAAUAAUAAUAUCAGACUGCAUGAUUGGUUAAAAAGCCAAAAUUUUCACCAAAGCAUGUACAUCACAUACAACAGUAAGCAUUUUCACUAAAGCCUGUCAAUACUAUACAAUGGAUGCAAGCAAAAUCCAGUAAAACUUCUCACACAUAUAACAUGUUCGCUAAAUACAGGGGUGGACAAAUCAGUAGCCCAAUUUUGUCUCAGUACGGUUAGUUUUAAUUCCUAGAAAAUAAACCCUGCUACUUAUUAACUAUCACAAAACUAGCAUUUUUAAAAGUUUGUUGUAUAGCUAUGCUUAACCACAACACAUUUAUUGUGACGAACCUCAAUGCUGUAACUAUAACACGAGCUUCUAAAUGCCACCACCACCUGCACUACACACAUUGGUUAAGGUAUGAUGUAACUGCUGGUAGAAUGAUUUUUACUGUUUGUGGAGCAAAACGUUUGAUCCAAAGCCGUUGUCUAACCCUCCUGACUACUACACACAUGUUCACCUUAUGGCUAAACAUAACAAACAUGCUAGCAGAUAAAACCUUUCGCAUUGCAUGCAAUACGUGGAGAAAAGCUUGUAGCUCACAGUCAACAACGUGCUGACUUUUCAUUGACGGUGCAAACACGACCUUUGUUAGAAGAUGAUAAUAAUCAAAUCAAUCAUAAACUUCAUUUGUUACUCUUCGUCUGUAUUAAUGCACUUAACUAGCUAGCAAUCUCGCGAUACAUUAUUACAUCAUGUUAUCCACCACUUCUUCGCCAUCAGUUAAGUUAAACAUGGGACUGGGAAACAUAUUAUGGGCAAAAUAACCAAUUUAUGAUUUGUCCAUCCCUAUAAAUAAAGUUCCCACAAGACCACCACUUCACCACCACUGAGGAACCAGGCUCCACACGGAGCCCAAAGUUCUUCUGGAAUGCUCUUCGAAUCCAACGGAUUCCUUUGGGAAAUCUGGACUGUGACUGUUCUUUUGUGUAGCGAGUGAAUCUUCUUUCUAAAUCCAAGAUUUACACAAUCACACUGUCCUCUGUGUAGCCAUCUCUGUAUUCAAUAAUCCUAUUUAUGUUAACCAUCUCAUUUCCUUUUUUUUUGUUUGUUUGUUCGUUCAUUAUUUUACAGUCAUACAUGAUGUUGUCAUAUAACAGAACAGUAU